AUGCAUCCAAUCGGCAUCUGCGAAGUCGCCGCGAAACCUUUGAAAAACUCUAUCAUUGAUCCCUCACAGGCUGACUCGACUCAAAGAGAGGCGACAAACCGUCGGUCUGCAGGCAUAACUUCGGCCGGCUGCCGUGCCUCGACACAGCAGGGCGAUGAGGCCAUUCGGGACUCUUUGUUUCCUCUACCGCUCAUUCAACAAUAG